CAAUCUGCAACACAGAACAAUCUACCGUCCACCCGUCGCGACCUCCCUCUCAUCUCUCCCAAUCCUCCAUCUCCAAUUUCGAUCCAUAGCUUUUCCGGCCAAGUUCCCGGAGUUGUGUUGAACUUCAGUAUCAGUUCGAGGGUAAUGGACAAUGUAGUAGAUUCCCUUAACAAUGCCUAUCAAGAAUUUGUAGCUGCAGCAGCUAAUGUGCUUGAAACUAAAGAAAGAGCUGGUGGCCAGAAAACUGCAGAUACAGAUGCUGCACUGGAAAAUUUUAAGCAGAAAUGGGAAUUGUUUAGAGUGGCUUGUGAUCAAGCAGAGGAAUUUGUUGAGUCUGUCAAGCAGAGAAUAGGGUCAGAGUGCCUUGUGGAUGAGGCCAUGGGUUCUGUGGCUGGGAGGUCAGGGCAGGCUUUAACUGGCCUUCCGCCCAUCAGUGCUGUUCGAUUGGAACAGAUGAGUAAAGCUGUCCGGUGGCUUGUGAUUGAACUGCAGCAUGGUACAGGGACUGCUGGUGGUGCAGGACAUUCCAACAGUUCUGCUCCUUUUGAUGCUAGGUUCUCUGAGGAUGCUGCUCAAUAGAGCAAUGGAGCUUAAGAGCACCACGAGGAGAUGAAAGCAAAUGGACUUGAAUUAGGUCCGCUGAUGUGAAGGUUGCAGGCCCCAUCUUUCAUUGCCACUACCUAAUUAUGUAUAGUCAAUUAAACUGUUUGAGUAUAGACUCAACAAGGGAAUUUUUUUUUUCUUGGCUCUGGCAAAGAUGACUUAUGAAUGUACAGGAGCACAUCAAUUAUGGGUGCUUUUUCGCAUUUCUAGCCAAAUGGGAGUCAGAGUAGCCUGGUUAGCCUUUAUAAGUUCAUAACAGUUAAUUUUCUUCCUGAGCAACUUGAACAGCUGGGGUAACAUGAACAUGUUCAUUAGACAACAAUUUCUUGUCCUCUGGUUUGGAAGGCAGCAAUGACAUGUUAAUGUUCUUUUGUUUAUUUUUGUUACGGGAUGGAUAUCUUAGGAUUCCUAGUGCUUGGAUGCCUUCCUUGCAAUUCACUUUACCUCCUUUUCAAGAGGAUGGAGUGCAAGCUAUUGAUUUAUUUGGACCAAUGAAAUCAUAAGCUAAUGAAAACACUCUUAACAUCCGGCGAAGUGGGCCAUCACACUUCUCCCACUUUUACCUUUCACCCACUCUUCUCCUCCCUCCAUCUGCCAUGUUGUUCGAUUCUCUCGGUUUAUAAAGUUUCCCAUCUACCGUUUCAAAAAAAAAAAAAAAAAAGUUUCCCAUCUUUUCUGGAUCAUCCAAAUUUUUUGCCUUUUAAUUCUUUUCCUUGUUUUUAUGAUACCCUUUUGCUCCAACCUGCCUUUCCAAUUGAAUAAAGCAAUACCCAUUUGCUUGGAUUAAUUCUUUGUAAAGAUUAAUGAAUUUCAAAGAGGAAGUUCAAUUGUUGCACGGUUGUAUUGGUCAAGUAUGUGGGUUUUGUUCUCUACAUGUAUUUAUAUGAUGGGCAUCUUCUUUUAUCCUUUCACACAUUUUGUCCGAGGGAGAAUACUCACAUCAUGGACUAUUAUAUCAAAGUUUUUCCCUCCCUUUUUUUGUUAGAGGAAACCAAAUAUGUCAUAAUUUGAGUAAGUUUUACAUUCAGGGGGUAGUUUAAAUGUAGAUCAUGCCAAUAAAUCUUAGCAUUUCAUUCCAAAGCUUAAAUGCUGUUUAAAGUUGGUUCUUUCAUAUUAUCUCUUGCAUGAAAUGGUAGUCUGGUGUAGUUCACUAUGAAUUUGCUUUGCUGUCAGGGCAGAUGGGUUAAAAGUC